GACGUCCGCGGCAUGACAGGAACUGACGUAACUUUCGCGCUCCGCCACUUCCGGUCCGCGAGAGUGGCAUCCCGCGCCGACUGAGGGCUGGGGAGUGAUAUUGGCGCGCUGUGCUGUGCACGUUUCCGCAAGUUAUCCUCCUUCCUCCAGGACCAUGGCCACCGACUCGUGGGCCCUAGCGGUGGACGAACAGGAGGCGGCUGUCAAAUCGAUGAGCAGUUUACAGAUCAAGGAAGAGAAGGUCAAACCAGAUACCAAUGGUGUUAUCAAAACCAGUACCACUGCAGAGAAGACAGAUGAAGAAGAGAAAGAGGACAGAGCUGCCCAGUCUUUACUCAACAAGCUGAUCCGAAGCAACCUUGUGGAUAACACUAACCAAGUGGAAGUUCUGCAGCGGGAUCCGAACUCCCCACUCUACUCAGUGAAGUCUUUUGAAGAGCUUCGACUGAAACCACAGCUUCUCCAGGGAGUCUAUGCCAUGGGUUUCAAUCGACCAUCCAAGAUACAAGAGAACGCAUUACCCAUGAUGCUUGCUGAACCUCCACAGAACCUGAUUGCCCAGUCUCAGUCUGGCACUGGAAAAACAGCUGCCUUUGUCCUGGCCAUGCUUAGCAGAGUAGAACCAGCAGAUAGAUACCCUCAGUGUCUGUGCCUCUCCCCUACAUAUGAGUUGGCACUUCAAACAGGAAAAGUGAUUGAGCAGAUGGGCAAAUUUCAUCCAGAACUAAAGCUUGCUUAUGCUGUUCGAGGCAAUAAAUUGGAAAGAGGUCAGAAGAUCAGUGAGCAAAUUGUCAUUGGUACCCCUGGGACCGUCCUGGACUGGUGCUCCAAGCUCAGGUUCAUUGACCCCAAGAGGAUCAAGGUGUUUGUUCUGGAUGAGGCUGACGUGAUGAUAGCCACUCAGGGCCACCAAGAUCAGAGCAUCCGCAUCCAGAGGAUGCUGCCCAGGAACUGCCAGAUGUUGCUUUUCUCUGCCACCUUUGAAGACUCUGUGUGGAAGUUUGCCCAGAAAGUGGUCCCAGACCCUAAUGUUAUCAAACUGAAGCGUGAAGAGGAGACGUUGGACACCAUCAAGCAGUACUACGUCCUGUGCAAUAACAGAGACGAGAAGUUCCAGGCCUUGUGCAACCUGUAUGGGGCCAUCACCAUCGCUCAAGCCAUGAUCUUCUGUCACACCCGCAAAACAGCUAGUUGGUUGGCAGCAGAGCUCUCAAAAGAAGGCCACCAGGUGGCUCUGCUGAGUGGAGAAAUGAUGGUGGAGCAGAGGGCUGCUGUGAUCGAGCGCUUCCGAGAGGGCAAAGAGAAGGUUCUGGUGACCACCAACGUGUGUGCUCGUGGUAUCGAUGUUGAACAAGUGUCUGUCGUCAUCAACUUUGAUCUUCCUGUGGACAAGGACGGGAACCCGGACAACGAGACCUACUUGCACCGGAUUGGGCGCACUGGCCGCUUUGGCAAGAGGGGCCUGGCCGUGAACAUGGUCGACAGCAAGCACAGCAUGAACAUCCUGAACAGAAUCCAGGAGCAUUUUAAUAAGAAGAUAGAAAGAUUGGACACGGAUGAUUUGGAUGAGAUUGAGAAAAUAGCCAACUGAGAAGCUCUACCAGCCACUGGUGCCCGCCCAUGGGCUGCCCCUGCCCAGGAGAUGAGUGCUUUCAUGGCAGAGGCCUCAACUGUCACCACAAAGACAAAGGCAUGAGGAGAGAAGCUACCUACCUCACUUUAAAUUAUGUUUGGACCGGACAAAAAAUUUGUGCAAAUAAUAGGAGACAGUUGAAAUUUUGCAUUUUUGGAAAUAGUCCUCCCUUCCCCCCUUUUAAACCAUGAUUUGCCCUGUCCUUAUAGCAGUCUGGUUGCUGAUGGCAAUCACUUACUCAAGGCCUCCCUGCCUACUCUCUUUCUGGGGGUCUUAGGACCAGCCUCCAGCCCUGAAGAAAUGAGAGGUAGAUGUCCUCAGGAGAAGCAGGGCAGGACAUGUGUGUUGUCUGCCCCCAUGGGUGGAAUGAAGGGAAUGGUGGGGACUCCUGCGCUGCCCCUUCCCCACUGCCUCUUCCCCAUACCUGUUGUGAAUGUUUCUCCUACCCUCAGGCCAUCGUCCUGCUGGUUGCUUUACCUUUGCUGUCUGUGGUGGAAGCUCUCCCUCUUUCUCCCUGAUGAACACCAUGGCUUUUUUUGUGAACUUGAGAUUUGGGGAGAAGCAUUGAAGUUGGUGAAUCAGGCUUUGGAGAGAGAUUGUUCUGGCAGGGGUGGCCAAAUUCUUUGAGCAUCUGGGCCUGCUUUUCUCCUUUCCAUUUCUAUAAACACUGUGGGUCCUGUUUGUGGCAGCCAGGAGACUUAGAGGUUUUCUGAACACAUGCUUGGCCCAGUUACCUUAUCCUUGGGGUGUCAUGCUAUGCCUGGAGCUGAGCAGCAGUUUGGAAAGGAAGUGUGACCAAGUGAAACUCUAUCCUGUUAUCCAUAAUAAUGGACUUUAUGGGUACUUAAUUCAUACAUUAUCUGUAUGAAUAAGGGCAGAUAAAUUAUAUGCAUCAUUCAUUAUAAGAAAUUUUAAAAGUAUGAGAAAGGCUUUACUAAUCAUGAUUUGUUAUUUGUAUUUUUCUGCUUAUCUGACUAAUAUAUGCUCAUUAAAAAUAUGUGUGUCUAUGUACAAUGUGAAAGUGCUCCCUGACUCCCUCAGUAGGGGGUCAUAUUGCCUUCAUAUUGCCUUCUAUGCAAAAGCCAACUCAAUUCUGUUUUGCAGAGGUGUGUGCUCUUUGUGCAGUUAUGCAACCUGCUUUUUCACUGGUCAUCAUAUCUUAGACAUAUUGACCCAUCCAGCAUACAUAUAUCUACUUCACUGGAAAAUCGCUGUCACUCCAGCGUGUAGCUGUCCUGCCAUUUAUUUCCUGGUGCACCCAGUGAUAGGCAUUGGAAGUUUCCAGCAGACAAGGUUACUCACAGUUUCACAGUUAAUACCUUUGUCCUUGUCUUGGAUCAUUGGUAAGAAUUUCUCUAGGAUAUAUUCCUGGAAGUAGAACUGUUGGCUCAAAGAGUGGACGUCAUAAUACAUUGCCAGUUAUUCCUGCCAAAAAGUUUUUACCUAUUUGUUAUUGCAGUAAUACAGAAAUAUUUACUUUUACCUGCUUGCAAACUCAAAUUUUAAAACUGCCAGUCUGGGUAGCAAAACCUGAUUAUGUCAUUGCUUUUUUUUUUUUUUUUUUUUUUUUAAAUCUAUCGAGACUUGGCAAAUUUACAGUUUAUUGGAUAAUUUUAUUUUCUCUUUCUGAAAGCUGCCCAUUCUUGUCUCACUGUUUUAUUAUUGGGGUAAAAGUUCUUAGUGGGUUUUAGCUACCUGUUUAUGCUGGAGAAAUAAGACUUUAUCUUAAGUGGUG